ACAAUCUUGCCAUACCAAAAACGAAAGGGAAAAAAUAAGAAGCAGCAUCUCACAUCACUGCAUGCUUCCCACAGAGGGUUAACGCUCCCGCUGAACCGGAUGCGAUUCCUGCUCCGUCUCAGUGUGUUGUCGUUGCACGGGCAAUGGCGGACGGAGCCCGAGCAUUUGUUUGAAAAACGUACGUUUUGCACAAAUAUACUCGAAUAUCGAUCGGCCAGUCAAAGCGUUCAGCUCGCACGUGUGUUUUUGGCCCUGAUCAGAUCUGCGCCCGUCAGCAUGGAUGUGAAUCUGACCAUCUCUCUGAUGCGGGGCCAGAUGGGCGCUGUUAUCGAGAAAGCCGUGAACGUCGCGGUGGAGACCGUGUUAGGAGAGAUGAUCCGGGUGGUCGGGCUCAAAUUUGAGGAGAUCAAACGUGACAUGACAGCUAAGGAGAAGGAGAAUGAGAACAUCAGGAGGAUGUUGGAGGCGUCCCGCUGUCAGAUGAAAACCAUGCGCAAGUACAUCAGCGUCCUGUCUGCUAAAGACCCCAACCAUAGACUGUAUCAGGGAGAUGGAGACAUGGCUACAACAUCCACAGGGCUGCACUGCAGAAGAGGGCCGACGAGCACUGUGUCAGUGUGUGCCAAAACCCCAGACCCCUGUCCCAGACCCAGACCCUCUGAGCCAGCCCCUGUAGCUGGACCCUCAUGGGUGAGACAGCAGAUGCACAUGUCCAAAGAAACAGUAAGAAGUGAGAUUCACAUUGCUGAUGUCCAUAUUGAAGAGAUCCAUGGAUCAUCAGUUCAUAAAGUUGAUAUCUCAAGCCCUCAUCUGGUGGACAGUCAGGCGCUUCUGUCUGAGACCAGUGAUCCAGUAUGGGGUCAGAACCCUCUCACCUCUGCAGAGACUGGGCACUCAGACACGCCGGACACCAGCGUCCUCUCUGCACCCAUGAUGGCAGAUGAAAGUGUAUCAUCCCAAACUACAAGCACAGUGGGAUUUGGAGCACCUUCACUUAAAAUCAAACAGGAGGAAGCUGAGGUUGAAAUAGUCUGUGUGAAGGAUGAACACGCAGAAUCUGGCAACAUCCCUAGAUUUGAAUAUUCUGACCCUGAACUUCACCAGCCAGCGGGAGAACCAGAGCUCGGGGUCUCACUAGAUCUACCCGCAUCAUUUCAAGCUCUUCAGAGUCCAAGCACUUCAGCAGACUUUGCACUCCCAGCAUUCAUGAGUGUGGACCCAGCUACCUCUAUGUCAGAUGUGAGUCCAGGGAGUUUUGAAAAUAAUCAAUGUACAGCUGCAGAGAGGGCCAUUCUCGAGUCACAGGGAGAAAUGGACUGGAAAAUCAAUCACCUGACUGCACUGGUUCAGUGUCUUGUGGGGAACAGGUGCUUUGUGCCUCCACUGCAAAUGGAGGAUGAGGAAGAGGAUUGUGUCUUGCCUUUGAUGUCAAUGGAGGAUCUUGACCAAUUGGAGCAAAGACUUAUGGAUAGAGCGAUGAUGCAAAAAUUGGUGAACAGAUUGUCUGUUAGUGGAGGUCAAACUAUGAAAAAGACCAUAUGGAGAAUUUGCACCAAAGUGUUUGCUUCCAAUGUGGCCAAACAGCUCAACUGGUGCGGACGGGGAGACAAGCGAGGCUUAAGAAAGACAAAUAUUGGAUCACUAAUAAUAGCUGCAGCUAUGAGGAACACUGUCCUUUUGGCUCCCACAGAAGCGGAGGCAGAGAAAUGUAUCAAAGAUUACCUCCGUUUGGCUCCAGGGAGGACAUCCUCAUAAUCUGUUGUAAAAAUGUCAGUUUUGUUUUAUACAUUGCUUGUACAGAGAAUGCAUACUGUUAAAUAAACCAUUUAAUAAUUACUUGAACUGUUGUUUAUAAGUCAAAAUGAUUUAGAGUAGUUGGAAUAGGGUUAUUAACAUGUCCAUGAUCGAUGUCAGUUUUUUUUUUAUUUUAAAUCAACAUAAGGAUUUUAAGUAAAUAUUUUAAAGUUAAGAUUUUUUUUCUUUAACUAGUGUUAAAUUGUCUGUAUCUGAAGUAAUCAGUAAAUUCCAGUAUUUUUUUUUUUUUUUUUUUAUCCUUUGGCAUUAUUGAAUAUUUCUGUAGAAUACAGAAACAUGUGUUGAAGGUUUUUUUUUUUUUUUUAGUGGACAACAUAAAAUAACUUAUGUUAAUGUUAUUUUGGGCCUGAGGUGGAAAAUGCAAUAACUUUUUCUUAAAAUAAAGAACAUUAAAGCAAAAAACACCUUAAAAGCUCAUGCACAUGGGGCAUCCAUUCCUGAGAGUUUUUGUUUAUAUUGUAAAAGUACAUAUUAAUUCCUAAAGUGUACAGUACAUAUGUGUACCUAAAUGGUACAUUUUACAGUGACAACAGUUGUUCCUUUUUUUCUGAGUGUGCAUCGUCAGUUUUUUUUCUUUUUUUUUUCCAAGAUUUUAAGUGAAAAAGUUUAGAAUUUAAAGAAGUUUUAAAAAAACAUUUUAAAAGAUCUUUUGCUUUAACUAGUUUUAAAUUGUCCUUUGGUGUGGAAAGUACAAAUAUUAUAUGUAAUCCUUAAAUUAAUGUGAUAUAAGAAAAUAUGAUAAAAAUAUAAAUUACAUGUGAGGUUACAGUGUAAAACCAAAUGCAUAUCUUGGUCAAUAGUGUAUAUGAAACUUGCUCAGCAAACAUUGAUAAGAAUAUACUUAGGGUUACCGGUUAUCAGGAAACUGACAGGAUGUGAUGUUGCAGUAAGCAGCCAAAACCGUUUUGAGGAGAGGAAAAAGCUGACAUGUGUAACAUAAGAAACCAUGUUUUCACCUCAUGUCGAAGCUGCGUCAUGCACAGAAUUGCAACUGAUCUGCCGGUUCGUGAGUUUCAUACAAAAAGUGAUCUCUUGUGCCACCGUGUGACUUGGCAUGUGGCAUUGUUUUAAGAGUAAACCCUGGCUGUUUAUUAAUGUGUUAAAAUAAACAAAGGCUUCUGUAAUAUUUCAUUGUGUGUAUCUCAUAAGGGUGUUUCAGUCUAGUUUAGCUUUUUUAGCUCUUUCCUGAAAUCACAUUUUGAGAUGGGUUUCAGUUGGCUUGGGUCAAAUAUUAUCAUUGAUAU